AUGACAAAGCAAGUAAAAACCAGGACGUUGAUGAAACAAUGUUGGGGAGGAACGCUUCUCAAGUUUCCCUACCUGUGCGCAAGAAACGGUGGAGGAGCAUUCCUGAUCCCCUACCUGGUGUUUGUUGGCCUCUGUGCUGUACCGCUGUACUUCCUGGAAGUGGUCAUUGGCCAAUACUACCAGAAAGGCCCUGUCGAGGUGUGGAAGUUUUGUCCUGCCAUGAAAGGUCUUGGACUAGGGACGGCGUUGGUUUCAUGGGUAUACGCCAUGUACACCUCCAUGUACUUCUCCUGGUACCUCUACUACUUCUUCAACUCCUUCUUCAACCCCCUGCCAUGGUCCACGUGUGGCGACUCCUGGAACACGCCCAGCUGUGUGGAGUCGACACUUUAUGGGCAUGCUGGAAUGAACACCACAUUGAAAGGCACUGAUCCACUGCAAAGCUUCAUCAACGCUACACAUUGGGAUCACUUGAAUGUGUCCACUGUGGACGUUGCUAGUGCUUCAGAAGAAUUCUGGAGAUAUAAUACACUGGACAUCUCGAAUGGCCUGGAUGAUACUGGAUCCAUUCGGUGGCCAUUGUUUGGGUGUCUGACCUUCACCUAUGUCACCAUGUACGUCAUGCUGUUUAAAGGCAUAAGAGUCACGGGCAAGGAUCCCUAUGUGAUGUCUUACCAGCAGAAAGAACCACAGAUGAAAUGA